GGUCCCUGGGGUCUUCGCCAUGCCCCGGUCCGAGCUUGGCGGCUGCUUCUUUCUCUUAGCUCUCGGCAUAUGCCUGGGGCUGCAACAAAGCCACCGCAACGUGUUGCUUAUCCUGGCGGAUGAUGGAGGCUUUGAGAGUGGUACAUACAACAACAGUGCAAUCUCAACCCCACACCUGGAUGCCUUGGCAAAAAGGAGCCUGAUCUUCCAUAAUGCCUUCACCUCAGUCAGCAGCUGCUCCCCUAGUCGUGCUAGCCUCCUGACUGGCUUACCGCAGCAUCAGAAUGGAAUGUAUGGCUUACAUCAGAAUGACCAUCAUUUCAACUCCUUCAACAAGGUGCGAAGUCUGCCUCUGCUUCUCAGCCAGGCUAACAUCCGCACAGGCAUCAUUGGGAAGAAGCAUGUUGGACCAGAGCCAGUAUACCCAUUUGACUUUGCCUACACAGAGGAGAAUGGCUCCAUCCUUCAGGUGGGGAGAAACAUCACCCGCAUAAAGCUGCUGGUCCGAAAAUUCCUGGAAACCCAGGAUGACAGGCCCUUCUUCCUCUAUGUUGCUUUCCAUGAUCCCCACCGGUGUGGACAUUCUCAGCCAAUGUAUGGACCCUUCUGUGAGAAGUUUGGCAAUGGAGAGAGUGGGAUGGGGUGGAUCCCUGACUGGGUGCCCCAAACUUAUGCCCCAGAGGAUGUACAGGUCCCUUACUUCAUCCCUGACACCCCAGCAGCCCGAGCUGACUUGGCUGCUCAGUACACCACUAUUGGCCGAAUGGACCAAGGGAUUGGACUGGUGCUGGAAGAACUGAAUAAAGCUGGCUUCCUGAAUGACACCCUGGUGAUCUUCACUUCAGACAAUGGCAUCCCCUUCCCUAGUGGCAGAACCAACCUAUACUGGUCAGGCAUAGCCGAGCCCAUGUUGGUGUCUUCUCCAGAGCACCGAAACCGUUGGGGCCAAGUCAGCGAGGCCUUUGUCAGCCUCUUGGACCUCGUGCCCACCAUCUUGGAUUGGUUCUCCAUACCAUACCCCAGCUAUCGCAUCUUUGGUACCAAGACAGUCCAUCUCACUGGUCACUCUCUCUUGCCUGCACUACUAGCAGAGCCACCCUGGGCCACAGUCUUCAGUAGCCACAGUCACCAUGAAGUCACAAUGUACUACCCCAUGCGCUCUGUGCUCCAUCAGAAUUUCCAUCUAGUUCACAACCUCAACUUCAAGAUGCCCUUCCCUAUCGAUCAGGAUUUCUACGUUUCCCCUACCUUCCAGGACUUGCUUAAUCGCACCAGGUCUGGCCAGCACACAAACUGGUAUAAGGACCUCCACCACUAUUAUUACCGCGAUCGAUGGGAACUCUAUGACAGGAAACAAGACCCCUGGGAGACCCAGAACUUAGCCACUGACCCCAACUAUGUGGAGGUGCUGGAGAUGCUGAAAGUUCAGCUGACCAAGUGGCAGUGGGAGACUAAUGACCCCUGGGUAUGUGCUCCAGAUGGUGUCUUGGAAGAGAAGCUCUCUCCCCAGUGUCAGCCACUCCAUAAUGAACUAUGAGCCUUUAAUGCCCAUCUUCUCCCAAAAUGUCCUGCCUUGCUGAUGAUUGAGCGGGACCGAGGGAGAGCAUCUUUUUGUCCUAAGAAGAAUAAGCCCCGCUAAAUCCUCAUUUCUAUCUCUGACUGAGCAUUAUUAUGGGGUCAGACAAGCGAGGUACAAGUCUCAUUCCCUGUACUGACCCUUUAAGUUGUCCCAUAGUCACCAUAGGGAUAUGGUUGAGGCUCCACUGCCAAUGUACCUGACUUGGACACAAGUGAACUGUAAGGUGAGGGUGUUAAACAGAGGCCCUAGCAGGAAGCAGGGUUACUAGCAGCCAUGGUGAAAGUCAGAUUAUAGGUCAAAAUGGUCCUAUUUUUUCCUGUGGUCCUAGGUCUUAAAGUUUGGAGGAACCUUACGUCUCUAGACAGAGCCUCUCUUAUAAGAAAUUUUGAGGAAAUCUAGUAAAUAAAAAAGAAAAAGGGAAUCAAGGCUCUGUUACCCUUGGUAUGCCUAAGAGGUAGCCACCCACCCACUCACAGGCUUCUACAGGAUGAAGGAAUUUGAGAGGACUCAGGUCUUUGCAUCUGCCUGUUGUGGUGGUUCACAUAAAACUUUCUCAGGGUGAGAAGAUGAUGUAUUAAUUUCAAUAAACUCUCAGAUAGAGAUAA